AGUCUUCCUAUCUUCCAUUAUUAUAUCGUCGUGGAUAUAUUCAGCUCAGUUCGGUUUCGUGCGAGAAUCUGUGGAAGUUUCACGUGUAUUCCGUUUGUUUCGUUGCGACUUAUCAAUUCCGAUCGUUUGCUGCUAACGUGAUUUCAGAUUUAUUACAGCGUUUGUGUACACUUUCUGGCUCUCUCUCUUGUUACGUUUCAUUUAUUAUAAAAAUAAGAUGACUGAGAUGUCUGUAAUAGAAAUGCCAGUUGCGUCCGAGGUAAAGUCAAGUUGGGCUGACGAAGUCGAAGAGGAGGGAGGAGCGCUGCCCGUGCCCUCAGAGGUCUACGAGAACGGCCACAAAAUACUUACUGAAUACAAAUACAAUCAAGACGACAAGAGGGUGAAAGUGGUGCGCACCUUCAAGGUGGAACAACGCGUAGUGUCAAAGACGAUCGCGGCGCGUAAGAAUUGGGACAAAUUUGGGGACUCUGAAGACGAUAGGCCGGGGCCUAAUCCAGCGACGACUGUUAUCGGUGAAGAUGUCUUUAUGCAAUUCAUAUCCAGUAAAGAGGAGGAGAACAAGGUGGAGGAGGAUUCGUUGGAUAAACUGAAAAGCAUGGGUGACAAGGGUGUCGUCAAGUGCCGUAAUUGCAACGGUGACCAUUGGACGUCCAAAUGUCCGUACAAGGACACUGUUCUCGCUGGAGGAAAAGUGCCGGACGACAAGAAACCGCUCGUUAACACGGCCGUACCAGGUGCGAUGGUAGAACUUAAGCCGCAAGGUGGCAAGUACGUGCCGCCCGGUAUGCGCGACGGCGGCAACAAGCGCGGCGAUUCCAUGCAAAUGCAGAGACGAGACGACACAACCGCAAUCCGCAUCUCCAAUCUCUCGCAGAGCACCACUGAUGCAGAUCUGGAUGAACUCGUAAAACCCUUCGGGUCCGUGGUAAAGCAAUUCUUGGCCAAGGAGAAACUUUCCAAUCUCUGCAAGGGCUUCGCAUACGUUCAUUUCAAGCACAGGGCGGACGCAGCGAGAGCGAUUACAACUCUGAACGGUUAUGGCUACGAUCACCUUAUUCUGAGUGUAGAAUGGUCAAAACCGCAAGUUCAGAGUAACUAGGAUUAUGACAAAUCUUGUGGACUCUUUUUGUAUUUAUGCUUGUACAUAAUAUCUUUAAAUUGAUUUCCGUUCAAGAAUUUAAUUCGUCGGCUUUUUUCCCUUUCUUUUUCUUUUUCAAUUUGAUGUCACAUAAAUUUUUACUGACAAAAAUCUUUGUUUCAAUAAUUCUGAUUGUUAUUAACCGAACACUUUUUCACCAAUCUUUGACUUCGAAAUAUGACGAGUGCAAAACUCAUUUUGUUGCAAAACAGCUUUGACUUUCUUACAUUAUAUUAUGUUCUUAAAAUUUUAUGUAUUCUGUGAGCACAAUAUGUGCUUCUUCCCUUCUAAAAAAUAAAAGACAAUCGCAGGGUACGGUAAAAAUAUAAACUACAUUAGUUUAAUUAUUAAAAGGAAUUCGUAAGAAAAUAGGAACUCGUAUUCACUUGGCGAUACAGUUUGAAUAUUUUUUUUUUUCUUGAUGUAGUUUGAAACGUAGCCGAUGUUCAAUGAGACAUGAUUUUAAAUAAUUUUUAGGAGCUCUGUUAUUGGACAUCGGUGGUUGUGUUCCAAACUGCGUUGAGGAAAACAGUUGCACUGUUCAAAAUACCGAUGAAUUUUUAUAUUUGAUCAAAAAACAUCCAAUAAAAAAUAUUGCUUUAUAAUUUUUUGGUUUAUCUAAUGAAAUAUCAUUAUGAAAUGUUCUAUUAAAUUUAAUCAGAUAUCCUGAUCGGAUAUAAAAAUUCAUCGGUAUUUUGAUCGGAAAUAUACAUUUUUUAAUUUUUUUAUUGUCUAAUUUCUUUCAAUGUGGCGAUUCAGUUUAAAUAUUUUUUUUCUUGAUGCAAUUUGAAACGUAGCUGAUGUUUAAUGAGACAUAGUUUUGAAUAAUUUCCAGAAGUUCUGUCAUUGGACAUUGGUUGUGUUCCGAAAUGCAUUGAGAAAAAUAUAUCAAAUCAUUUUGAAAAAUGUUCAUGAGAAGGUACUACAUGCUCUUACGAUAUCAAAAUCAAGAUGAUGCUUCGAUUAAUACUCUGUAUCAACGAAUCUAUUUAAUGAUCUAUCUAUUUUGUUAUUUAAUGCUAAAUACGUGUUGAAUUUUUGAUUACUCAAUCAACUGUAACUGAGUAUAAAUAUUGCGUUUGGAUGCCAACUGGAAAUUGGAUUGUCUCAUUUGGCAUUGAAUAUAUCAUGUGUAUGAGCAUUGCAGGAUGAAUCCUUCAUCUUCUGUUCCAUAUCUACAUUUCACGACUGAUGCACGUAAAAAGUAAACGAAUAGAAGUUUUCUUUCGUUAUAAUUUUAUCAGAGACUUUUAAAGUGCAAGAUAUCUUCUUCUUGCUUUUGAUAUCGCGAUAUACUUCCAGUUUUAUAAAUUGUAGCCAUCCCGUUUAUUCCCGCAAUGAAAGAAUUAGGUCGGGAGCCACUUGUGGCGAUAUAACUAUAUACUGUAUAUGUAGAAACCUUAUAUCAACAAAUAAAAUGUAACUUUUUACUUG